AUGGUUGACAACGAAGAGAAAAUUCAAAGCUAUCAAGAUCUAAAAAAACUCAGUAUCAGAGACACUGAAAUUAGUUCUCAAAAUGUAAAACAAUUCAAUAAUCAUUAUUAUCAAUAUGUUAAAACCAACAUGUCAUCAACUCAAGCAGUUGACUAUUGUGGUAAACAAAAAUACAAUAGUUUGAUUGGAUAUUUAGUAACAAUUACCACCUUGGAGGAAAACAAUUUUGUAAAAAGUAACUAUCCAACAUACUUUAAUGAUCAACAAAGUGUUUGGAUAUCUGGUAGUGCUGAGACUGAAAGAGGUAUCUACAGAUUCAAUAGUGGUCCUGAAAAAGGUGAAUUAAUGUAUAACGUUUACACAGAUCAAUCAUUUUACUUUACAGAUUGGUCAGUUUAUGAACCAAAUAUCAUUCCUAAUCUAAAUGAAAUAUUCGUUGUACAUGCUACCUACGAUAGUUUGUUUUGGAACAAUGUAGAUACUACUCUCAGUGGUGUACUUGGUUAUGUGGUUUGUGAGUAUGGAGGAAUGGAACUACCUUUCAUCCCAACAGUAAGGACUGUUGGUAAUCAACGUGUAAAUAUUACAAACAUUCUCAAUUGGAACUUGGUGGCUGGAGUCAACACCGAUAUUGUUAUCAAUUUUAAGAGUUCAACUUUAAACAGUCAAUUUAAUAUUACCAAUUUUAGAGUAGUAUCGAAUAGCAGUAUAGAAAUACUGAUUCCUCCUGGAACUGGAGCAUAUGUUGUCACACUAUCAAAGAAUACCUUGAGCUAUCAAAUCAACUUCCGAUACCAAGCACCAUAUAUAUCUGUUGUAUAUCCAGUUUUAGCAGCCAAUGGACUGUUCACGCUAUCUGGUGAUAAUUUUGGAACCAAUAUUGCACUAGUCACCAACAUCCAAGUUUCAAAUGUUAGUGUAGCUUGUACCAACCCUAAAUUUUUACAACCAUCCAUUAUAACAUGUACUAUAGCAAGUACAUUUUCUGCCAGUAAACCACUUUAUCCUAUUAGAAUCACAAUUGAUAAUUUAACUCAGAAAUCUGUUAAAACUGUUAUAUCUCAAAACAAAAGGUAUUUCAGUUGUUGGCAAGCAAGUGGAGACUAUCCUACCACUGUUGCUUAUGCUUCAAAUCAAUUGGUUGAGGGUCUAAAUGGAUAUUUAGGAUUUAUUGAUACUCAAGCAACUCUUAAUCUACUGCAACUUAUGUGCACUGGAAAUAAAUGGUUAGGACCAGUUUAUUGGACAUCAUUGUACUAUGAUUUAACAAACAAAAGAUAUUCAACAUACCAAGGACCAUAUAAAAACUCUGGAGUUAAUGUCUUUCCCACUCCUACACCAAACCCAACAACAUCACCCAAUUAUUUCUAUUUCGAUUUUAGAUCGACUGUGAAUCAAUAUUUUUCAUGGCAAGCAUCCGAGAGACUUGGUGCAAUAACUGAAUUUAUGGUGGAUGUUCCAACUUUUGAUACAAACCAAACCAAUUGGAUAUCAACUACUGGUGGUAAUGUUACUUUUCCAAUCAGUGGAGGUGGAACAAUGUUGGGAUAUUCCUAUCACUUUAUAUAUCGUGGAAAAGAUGUCAUUGUAAACAGAGAUUUCUUUGCACCGGGAGUGCCUUUUACUUUUGACCCUGGUUAUGGUGGACCUUAUGAUAUCCAAUUCUAUUCUCUGUCUGGAACCACAAUGAAGUUUACACCGGCAAACACACAAUCCGUUCAAUAUCUACCACCAUCUAUUAAACAAAUGAAUACGGUUCCAUCAAAAGGAGGUGUUCUGACCAUAACCGGAAAUGACUUUUAUACAAACUCUAGUUUGGUGAGUGUUAAAGUUGGUACACAAACAUGUCAGGAUGUUAAAAUUACAACACCUCACACUGUAAUCACUUGUAGCUUGGCACCUGGUUGUGGAAGGCUGAAUGCAGUCAUUGUGGCACUUGACAAACAACCAUCGAAAUCAGUUAAUAUGAAAUAUGCUGAUCCAACCAUUCAACAAAUAUCACAGAUAGGCGCAUCCGACAGCUGGUUGACAAUCACCGGUAAUAAUCUUCCAGACAUUUCAUUCCUUUCAAUCAAACUUGGAAGUAUUGUUUGUAGUAAUCUGACUGCAAUCUCACCUUUUACCCAGGUAAAGUGCUUUGUAACUAUACCAUCUGGAACCCUAACAGUUUCACAAACUCUCUCACUCCUCCAAUGUGGAAAUACAUUUAAUUCUACAUUCAAUUUCCAGAAACCACUUAUCAAAGAAGCAACACCUGGAAAUGUGAAUCAAACUACACCAAUAACAAUAUUUGGUAAUUAUUUUGGUGAUAGGAAUUUGACUGUUACAAUCGGUGGUGAGAGAUGUUUUAAUGCUACUACCAACAUCGACAAAACACAGAUUAUAUGUUACUUUAACGGUAGUACUCCACAAAAUGGAACUCAGACAAUGGAUGUAACUGUAACUGUUUCCGAUGGAAUAACAGGAUCGAAUCAAGUGUUCUAUUACAACUCCAUUGAGAAAUGUCCAUCGAUUAACAAUCUAGAGUGUUCAGGCAAUGGUAUUUGUAGUCAAGGAACUUGUUAUUGUAAGAGUGGCUGGACAUUUGCCAACUGCUCGCAACCAACCGGUGGCAAUGGUGGCACUCCCGAAACGAACAACAAUGGAACUACAAUCAAUCCUUCGCUAGUAGACUUUGUCACAUCGAUUAGCCAUCUUCGAGAGCUGAAUGAAAUUGGUUCGCCUGUGAAAACACUGUCUCUUGCCAACAACAUCCAAUGGCAGAAUCAAAGCAAUCAGAUAAUCGGUAGCUUCGCCAAUGAAACCGUACAACUCGGGUUGAGUAUCAACUAUUAUCCCGAUGGCAAAACUAUUAUUUUCGCCGGUGAAACCAUUGUAAUUCCACCAAACUCCAUAAAGUUUGAGAUCGAUCUUGCCAAUUGGACGUUUGCAUCGGCAUUGAAUACUCUCGAGGUUAUCAUGCUCAGCAAGACUGCCCUCACGAGCGAAAUAGAUUGUCAGCCAAUAGAUACUACCGGUCAGCUCACUGGCAAUGCCUAUUAUAUUACCUCGGGUAAAUCGGUGCUAAAAGUUAGCUUCGCCAGUCAUUUGUUUGUAGACGAUCGUGUAAGCUUGGCUAACUAUCAGCAACUGCCAGACGACGAUCCAAUCGUUGUGCAAUCUAGACAACAGCCAUCGAAUGCCGAUCAAUUCCUCUACUAUCUAGCUAUUGGUGUGCCUACAUUCUCCGAAACCUGCAAGAUCGAUCCUAGUAUGCAGUCUUUGGUGUUACCAAGCAGUGAGAAUCCGGCAGACUGCACUCCGGCCUCCAAUAAACUCGAGCGAUGGAAGAUCAUAGCUAUCAGCGUAGUAUGCAGUGUUGUUGGUGUUGCAAUAAUUACCGCGUUGGCAGUUACAUUCCACAAGAAGAUUCAAUGGAAUAAAGAUAAUCGUAAAUUAUCAAACAGAUUAUCUGUUAUGAAUACAAGUGAAGAUAAAUAA